GUGUAUUUUGUUGCAUUCCUUUUUCUACGAAUUGUAGAUUUUAAUCGUUUUGCAUAUUUUUAAAUGAAACUCCACUUAAAACAAUUGGAUAGUGUUUUCUGUCGUAUCAGUGUUGUUAAACAGUGGUCGAAACGAGCCACCUUGUAGUGGCGGGUGACAUAAUUUUCGUAUUGCGUAUCAUGUAGUUUUUGUGGUUUAUUUUGUGGCUUGCAGCAUCUAUUUUCGACUCGAGAAUCGUCCGUAAGGAGCCCAAAUGACGUGAUCCAAAAUGAGCUGGCUGCGGACCCCGGUGUUCACGCGGCAGCUCUCGCGCAGCCUCGACCCGCGGCACGACUACGAGCCGCAGGCCUGCUACAGCUCCUUCUGCAAGCACUGGCAACAGGCGCACGAGAUCAUACUCAAAUCACAGCCACGCCAACUUCAUGAUGACGUGCUGGCCGUCGCCAAUCACCUAGAACAACUAGCGACCCUGCUGGAACUUGAAGCGCGGGCCCGAGAGACCAACACCGUGGCCACAUCAGGGGCGUGCCUUGAGCAUUUGCUGUCGGAGAACCUUCUCGACAAGCUGUUCGAAUGGGGAAAUUCUACUGGCAUGUACAAGAACGCCGUGCGUUCAGAGCAACUGAAGCUGUUCGGAAAUCUCAUCAUUAAUUAUAGCUCACAGGUGUUAGCAGCAGAGCCAUUCCUUAGGCCACUUCUGAAACUGUUCAGCGGCCUGAGGAAUGAAUUAAUCCCGCUCGACCAGGAAACCCAAUUGGUGAUGGUAUUGAAUCAUCUAUGUGUCGCCCUGAUGCAAAACAUCGAAUUUAUCGACCUAUUCUUCUUGACGAAUCACACCCAAACCGAAGCCAAACCUGAGUUCAUAAUAGCCCGCCUCCUCCUAAAGUUCGUGCACCGCGAGGGCCCCAAGGGCUCGGCGGCGCGCGACGCCCUGCUCCUGUGCGCGAACAUGUCCGCGCGGUGCCCGCAACUGGCCAGGUGCAUGCUGGAAGGAGAUACUUGUCCUGUGCUGGCCACAGGUCUAAGCGGGCUGUACUCGCUCCUCCCGCGGACGUUGGGCGACAACGUCUACCGACUAACAGCCGACGACGUGAACCAGGGCCACAAGCUGACGCUGUUCACCGACUCGGUGGAGUUCUGCAACGCAGUUGCGCAGGUUGCUCAUUCGUCCAUCAAGAAGCAACUCCUCGACCUCCUGUACCAAGGGUUCUUAGUGCCCGUCAUGGGGCCCGCCUUACUCCAGACGAAACCCGGGCCGUUGCAGAGUGGCGCUCCCGAGCAAGCGGCGGCGAUGGCGUACCUAGAACUAGUGCUCAGAUGCUCAACGCAGCGGGGCUUGCUGAGGACGGUUCUACAUUUUCUCUUCAGUUACGAGUACGAUGGAGUGAAGCUUAUUGACGUCAUGCUUAGGAGAUUGGAUGGGAAUACCCAGCUCUCCCUAGUCUCCAUGUCCCUAAUGGAAACUCUCAUCGACCUGAACUGCGAAGACGUCAUGAUCGAGCUAGUCUACAAGUACCUCCUGAAGGGCCACCACCUUCUCACACACCGACCAACACCACCCGACCCGGAUUCAUACAGAGACGCCGCAAUGUCCUUCCUAAGUCUUAGCCCACAGUGCUGCUUUAGGCCUUUAAGCAGGACAAGAGCGUGGGUGGAUGAACUGGCUAUGAGUGGCCGAAGAGUCUUGGAUUUGAAGAGAGAUGAUGAGAGAGUUAAUGGAGUGCAAGAUGGGAUCGCUAUGAACAGUUUGGUGCAGGAGGUCAAGUUUAAUUAUGGGAACCCAAAUGAUACCCUAUUCGGCAACUACCACGCAUACCUUUGCGACGCUCGAUUCGAAAUCAUCUCUCGCGCGCUCGCAUGCGCCCACUGGAGCUCCAAAUACGACACCAUUACCCUUCCCAAGCAAGAACCCAACAACAACACAAAAGAGACGAGAGACGAGCCUAUCCCCACAAAAGAGCAGGAUAGCCUUAUAUCCAACUGCACCAGCGGCUACGAUACUUUAAAAACGAGCGACACCUCAGAAAAAGAACCACACAGUUUAACAUCGCUGAACGAAGCGGACGAACAAGAACAGGAAGAUGUAAACGGCGAUGGGAAAGACAGAGACAGCCUAAUAUCGACGGGUAGUGAUAGUGACAAGAACGAGGAGUUUGUUGAAGACUCGUUUAGGAUGUGUUUCUUGAAGGUGGACAGGGAUUAUGAAGAAGUGCCUGUGAUAAAGAAUUGGGUGGCUGGCGGGAGAGUCAGUCCGGCGUCGCUUAUCGGCCCUCUUCUCAGCAGCCUCCUGAAGAAAGCCGCCGCCCUCCUAGAGUCCGACGUGCUCAGCAACUGCCUCGUGACGGGGCUGCUGGGCAAGCUGUGCGCGGCGCCCUGCGCGCUGCUGCCCGGCCUGCUGCUCCCGCAGCCGCACACGCAGCCCAACGUGCCCUCGCUGUACCAGAUACUCAGCAAGCUGCGGGACGAACUAGACGAGCUGACCAGCGGGCUGGACAACACCGCAGAACUGGUGGACAAGGCGCGCGUGUUCCUCGUGCAGCGGGAACUGCUGCUGGUCAAGAGGACCAGUAACGAAGGGCCCAACAGCAGCAGUCCUCGAGCCGAUGAACCUCUACAUCGCGGCGAGACGAAGCGGCGGAGUUUGAGCACAAGUCUAUCCAACAUGUUCGGACGACGGUUAUCAGCAUCCCCAUCGCAGCCGCACAGCAUCCCCCACUCGAGCAACUCGGCCGCCAAGCGGCCCGUGUUCACCCAGGAGGCCUACUGGAACCAGUCCAUCGCGCUCCGGUCCAUCCUCAACGCCGUUCUACUAGACGAGUGGCUCAAGGAACUGGCCGCGCUCUGCGAGGAACAUGCCCUUAGACUCUCGGCAGUCAACUAUGAAGACGAUACUUAUUUACGGACGGUAGGGUUAUGACUGUUAGCUAAACGUGGAGUCAAGGAUGUAGCUACGAGAGAUACGUCCGUAUGACAAAGAAAUGUGCUGUUGAAAGCAUUGAAGUUACUUUACUCCCUGUCCGUACCCAAGAGAUCUACUGAUACCAGUUCAAAGCUCUCAGUUACAUCGUUGAAGCAGUCCUACUAGACGAGUGGCUAAAAUAACUCGCAGCGCUCUGCGAGAAACUUGCGCUUAGGGCCUGUUUACACAUUCUUUACUGUUUCAACAAGGCCUUAGACUUCCGGCUUUUUAACCAUGAUGACGAUACUUGAGAACAGUAGGGUUAUGACGGUUGGCUAAACGGAGAGACAGGAUGUAGCUACGCGAGAUACGUCUGAUGGUAAAGGUACUGAAAUGAACUUAAAAGCAAAAGAAAUAACAUUGUAAUAGACGGACCACAUAUCAACAUGGUUGAAAAUUCUUAUGCUACAUUUGCUGAUCGUGCCUUCUGUCAAUUAUAGUAAAUACUAUAAAUGAAUUACUUUAUAAGGACACUGGUAUCGGCACAUAUUUUAAUAAUGUGAAAUCGAAAAACAAUCUUACUUCGUGAGAAAUAAGGUUGAUUUUUUCGAAAGCUGUCUAAUGCGAUAUACGUCGAAAAGAAAGAAACGAUUUUAGUCUGAUAUUAGAGCUGCACUAUAACGCGUAAAAAUUAGCUCUUACCUUAAAUCUUUAGGGUUUCAUUGAAUUUACAACCAUAAUUGUGUUUUGCAAUGUGACGUGAUUAUCGAAUUUAGCGGUGUGCAUGCUCAAAUGGGAAUUAUUAUUAAGGUUAAAAUAAAAAUAAAAUUAAGGUGAGUUAAUAAGGCACUUAAAUAUGUUAGCAAAAAUGUAUGGGUUGUUGCAUCAGUCUAACUUUGUACAUAGACUUAUUUUCCAAUUAUAUUGCAAAACACAUGUAUGGUUUCUGCCUUUUCUUACACGAUACAUGAGAAUUAGGAAAAUUUUAGAUUGUAAUGUACCUACAAAUUAAAAUUGGAUCGAAAUCGCUUUAAAUUUUAUAUGUUUAAUUUCAUAACGAUCAAACGUUUUAUUUUUUAACAUUCAGUGAUAAUAUUUACUUGUUUUUUUUUAUUCUUUAAUUAUAGUAAUACGUAAUAAUCACACAUAAUUAUAAGUAGCUACUUUUAUCGAGUAGUAAAUGCCAUGAAAGUAAUUUUGAACUGUGAUUUUGUUAUGUUCAAAACUGGUUUAUUUAUUGUACAUAUAUUCAGUAUUUCGUAAAUAACUUUAAAGCAGUAGCCGCGUGUGUUUUACUACUAGCAAUUAUUAAUUAUCUAUAAGAUACAUAUAUGCUUCUUAAAACUUUUUAAUAUGUACGUGCUUUUUAUUAUAUUAAAAUGUUUUUAACUUUUCAGAUUUUGACUUUUUUAGUUUUGUAUAAUUAUUAUGUUUUAUUACAUAACUUGCGAAUGAAUUGGUUAUUUUCGUGAAACGAACAUUUUUAUUGUGUUGUAUUUUAAUUUCUUAUAUUUUUAUAGUUUGACAGUAUUUGUUGCGCAAAGCUAAAUGUAAAUCCAGGACUUAUCGGGACUCUAGUCCUUAAUUCGUCACGUCCUUUUCCGUCCAACGGAUAUAAACAUCUUUAUAUAAGGUUAUGUAAGCGCAAAUUUAUAAUUGAAUAAGAAUAUAUAUUUCUAACUUGUGUGAGUGUAAUAAGUCAAUUUAUUGAUUUUAAGAAUAAGUAGGUCAUGAACACAAACUUAAUUUGACUAUAGCUUUGACACAAAAAUUAUACCUUUUUCAAUGUUUUUUAUUAUUGUAUAUUUCAUAGUACAAACAGCAUCACAGACACUGUAUAAUAAUUGUAUCUACAUAACUUGCAUCAUAAUUACAUCACACACGUAUUUUAUAAGCUUAAAUGUUUUUACAAAAUUUAAAAUAAGUAAAGUUACGCGGGCAUUUAAUUAGAUAACAUCACUCCAGAAUCCCUCCUUACACUCAGCCGUCGCCGAUAAUACUUAUUUAGCUUUAUAGUAAGACAUGUGAUGUGACGCUGACUGUACCUGCGAAAUACGCUUGCCAAUUGCUAAUCUGUAGCCAGUAUAACAAAUUGUAUUCAACCAUUACAAUCAAUUAAAUAGAAUCCUUUUUUUACCUGGAUAAUACAGAUGUCAAUAAAAUAAAUUAAAGUCUAAA